ACAAUUAGUUUUUAAUUAUUCUCGUUUUGAAAAAUCGCGGGUCUCUUUUUAACGCACAUGCGCAGAAGAAUUGCAGCCAAAGAUGUUCAAUAACAACAAAGCCAAAGUCGCAAGUGAAAAAUUAGUGAAUUUGUGCGGUGUGAUCUUUAAAAUUGGAGAAUAUUUCGAUAUUAAUUGAUAAUAAGUAGGUAACUGAUGAAGCGGUUCUAUUAUCUACCCCAUCCUGCUUCAUUUAUCGAUUUUGUACCAUUAAUGUCGAAAAGUUCUUUACAGUUUAAGCAAUUUCUAAUUUCACACUUGAUUCUUCGCACCCAGAGGAACAAUGGGCUUGCCGAAAAUGCCAUGUUGGUACUACGAGAAAAAGAAUUUGAAACAUACACCUUCCAUUCAAGAUGGCAUUGACUAUGACACAGAAUGCCGAUACAGAAAAGAAGGUGCGCGAUUUAUUAUCGACACUGGCACAAAAAUGGAUCUCGGAUACAACACCAUGGCGACUGGAGUCGUUUAUUUUCACCGAUUUUACAUGUUUCACUCAUUUAAAACUUUUCCACGAUACGUGACUGCAUGCAGUUGUUUAUUUUUAGCCGGCAAAGUGGAAGAGACUCCAAAAAAGUGCAAAGACAUUAUCAAAACUGCAAAAACAUUGCUGAGUGAUCAAAAGUUCCUGACUUUCGGUGAAGAUCCUAAAGGCGAAACGGAUUUUUAUUUACAGGAAGAAGUAAUGACGCUAGAAAGGAUUUUGCUUCAAACAAUUAAAUUCGACCUGCAAGUCGAACACCCGUAUAGUUAUCUAUUAAAAUAUGCCAAGUGUUUAAAAGGUGACAAGAAUAAGUUACAAAAAAUGGUGCAAAUGGCGUGGACUUUUGUCAACGACAGUUUGUGCACGACUUUAUGUCUUCAAUGGGAACCGGAAAUAAUUGCAGUCGCACUUAUGUACCUAGCUGGAAAAUUAAGUAAAUUUGAAGUAGUCGACUGGCAAGGAAGACAGCCGAAACACUUACGAUGGUGGGAUAUGUUUGUUGAAGAUGUUACGAUGGACCUUCUAGAAGAUAUUUGCCACCAAGUUCUGGAUUUAUAUUCGCAAGCGAAUAACGCGAAACCACCGGACUCGCCUCCUUUAAUUCCUUCAACUGAAGCCGCCAGGGAAAGAAUUGUCGCACCACCUUCGAUAGAAUCUGGAUCAAGUACUCCGAAUGCGACGUUACCAGGAAAAGCACCAAAGACGGAACCGAAUUCGGCAUCAACGAAUGGUUGUGCUCCGCUGGACGGAAGUGAAAAUUCGAAACCGUUGGACCUACCUGCACAUUUUCCACCGUAUCCCGCGAAUUUUCCUAGCUCGACGAACUAUCCGCCAGUUUAUCCCCCUGCAAAUAUAUCAGUGCCACCUCCCAAUGUUAAUCACAUUGUACCUUCGACGCACAAUUUAGGUACGCCGAGUUCUGUUCGACAGAUUCAAACAGUGACAACGCCGACACAACCGCCAUUUCCACCCUACGGUUACCCGUCGAAUGCCUCGUUUUUCUCCGGCGGAACACCCACUGGGCCUUCCAGCAAUCAGCGCUCCUACUACCCCUCGCAAUCCUAGGCUAUAAUAUUUUUAUAUUUUAACUACUACCAAACAUUCUGCUCGUUGAGAUUGUACGUCGCAAAUCUUCUGGGGAACUGUCAGAACUUCUUUUCUAAUAAAACCCAUUGUAAAUACUGUGCAAUUA